UCUGAGAGUCCCAGGAUAGAAUUCACAGAGGGCACCAGAAAUUUUUCAUGAUGUUCUGUCCUCCUUCCUUCACCAGCCGCUUUUAUUAUGGGCAUGGUAUAACCCACAAUUGGCUUAAACCUGGAUAAAAUUUUGGCUGAGGAGUAUAGACGAAAUUAAUAGUUUUCGCAUUUUAUUUUAAAUUUAUUUCUUGGAUUUAAGGUAAAAAUAGGAUGACUGAAUUCGCAAAAGCUGCAAAAAUAUAUAUUUUUAAGCCAGAAAAUGAAAUUUACGAGUUGAUUGGUGAAAGUAUUUUGCAAUUUGGUUGGGACAGUUCUGUUCAAGCCAUUGUAUUAUAUUUCACAAUAGAUAAUCAUACAUACGAAACUAAUUUAAUUCAUUCGUGGGUUGAUCGAGAAAAUAAUGCUUAUUGGGAAGAUCAAGAUCAAAAUUUGUUUCGAGCUUCCUUCGAAAGCCAAGCAGAUGUUAUGGAAUUUGCAUUUGCAUUUGUUAAGGGAAAUUCAAAUAAUUCACACGAAAAUACCAAAAGUCAAUUUGAAUCAACAUUUUCUGAAAAUAAUCAAUCGCUCAGUGUAACAAAGAAAAACAAAAUAUUGCCUUCUAAUUCCACUAAUUCCAGUCCAGUUAUGGAUUUUCCAGGGAGUUCGAACAGUACUCUCUUAACUAUCUCAGAAAAUAAAUAUCCCGAUUCCCUUCUUGUAGAAUCUGGGAAAAGAAAUAUUCGAAAAUCUUCUUCUAAAAAUGACAAAGGAACCCUUUUAGAAACUUACGUAAAAGUCCCUUUAAACGUUAAAAGUGUUGACGUCAUUUCAACAAUAUCUUCAGUUGAAGAACAUUCUCUUUCAAAAGAAAAUUCUACCGCAAAUGCCUUUGAAAUCGUCCGUAAAAUUUGUUGUCCGUUCGUGUCACCCAUUAUUAGAUGUCUACAGACUUUAGGUUCUCUAUUUCCACCAUAAAGAAAAUAUUCGUGUCUUCUCUGAUUUAUAUUUUUUAAAAGAACUACAUCAAUUAAUAUAAUGAUUUAUCAAUAAUUACCUAAUCAAAUAAAUAUAUUAUUUAACGUAGAAAAUGUGUUUAAGAAAUUUUUAAUUUGUUCAACUUUAAUUGUAUUGUGUUAUUAGUAGCAUAAUUUAAGAGGAAAAUACAAUUUGUGAGCUUGUAAGAUAUUUUA